UUAAAACAAGCACAGAAAAGCCCGAGCGAGGGCACGUCCCCUCCGGCCGGCCGUGUGCGGGUAGAAUGCGGAGCCGAACGGAAGAGCCACCCGGAGCGGCUCCACUCGAGAGAUCCAUCAGCAGCGCCGACCCUGCGCGCUCCGGGGCUGAAAGGGGCGCGUGUCGGUCUCUAAGCAGAACCCGGCACGCCGCAAAAUGGGAUUUUCUGUGCCUCUAAAAUGUAGUGCUCGCGAUGCUUGUUUUGCUCUUACGCUUUCUGAUCUAUGUCUUAAUAGUUCCUUCCCACCUCCAGCAGAUAAAGGAAGCGGAGGUAAAAAGUUAAUAAGCAUUCAUGCAAGGGAGUAUCUCCGGGAAAUGUUCUUCCCCCCUUUGCGGGUGAUAGUAUUGAUUAAAUUAAACCCGAAAUUUAAACAAGUGUGCAUUAGGUCUGUAAAAUGAAUAUCAUUAUAGAAGGAGACCAAAGCAAUGAAGUUAAUUCUUUUUUAUUUGUUAAACGGAGUUCCCUCCUUCCCCCACCCCUUCCUCCUCCUGGGCUGGCCCUGUCACGCCUUCUCAACAGGCGAAAAUCAGUCAGAGAGAAACGCGACAUUUAUGGUAACCGUCAGCCUUCAGAGAAAGAAAGCAGUUCAUUAAUUUACUUCGCUCUUGCUUCAAAGUAUGAUAAUGUACGGUACCCCCCGAUCAAUAGAUAUGAUGUACAGUCGAUAUCCUCUCGGAACCGCUCGAGGGGAAGGGAUAUCUGCCCCCACGAUGCGAACGAACCGCGGGGUUCUCUACUAGAGAUCACGGGCCGGGCCGGGGGCAGCCUCGGUUGUGGGGGUGCACGGGGAGCCCGGCCCGGAGCUGCGGACGGGGGGGAACGGGAGAGGGAGGACGGUGAGGAGAAAUCGGAGGAACAAUGAUUCCGCGCUCUGCCUCCGCUGCGAUGGUACAGAAAUGUGAACGGAUCCAAGCAGCCCCGCUCACACCUCGAAGGGGUGGGAAGGGACGGCCGGGACCAACCAGCCCGAGCGAGGACGGCUCAGGGCCGCCCUUCCCGGGGCUGCGGGGCGAGGGGCGGCGUUCGCUCCGUCGGGGCCCCACGCGGGGCGAACCGCUCCGGCCGCGGGACCGGACCGAGCCGGGGCGCCGAACCGAGCCGAACCGCGCCGCGCCGAAUCGAACCGGGCAGAGUCGAGCCGGGCCGGGCCGUGCUCGACGGCGCUGAUGACCUCACGCAGUCACGUCGGCGAGCGGCGCGGCGGGGCCGGGGAUUGGCUGGCGGCGGCUCAGCGGCACUUCAAAGCCGGCGAGGGAGCUACAAUUGUGGUGGAAUGGGCGGAACUGAGCAUUGUAUUGCACACCUCUAAAAAAACACUGCCUCUGAUUUAUCAAUAUAAAAAAGAUCCUCUGAGAGGAGGGCACUUUUGUGUGAUGGCAACUUCACUUCUAGGGGAGGAACCGCGGGUUGGCUCCACGCCGCUGGCCAUGCUCGCCGCGACCUGCAACAAGAUCGGCAGCCCCAGCCCCUCGCCGUCCACCCUCUCGGACAGCGCGUCCUCCUUCGGCAAAGGCUUCCACCCCUGGAAACGCUCCUCCUCCUCCUCUUCGGCCUCGGCAGGCAGCUGCGGUGCCGUGGGCUCCGGCCUCCCGGGCUUCGGCGUGGCGGGCUCGGCGCGGAACGGCUCCUCGGCGGCGGCAGCGGCGGCGGCGGCGGCGGCGGCCGCCCUCGUCUCGGACUCGUUCAGCUGCGGCGGCUCUCCGGGCUCCAGCGCGUUUUCGCUGACCUCCAGCGGCGCGGCGGCCGCCAGCUCGCCCUUCGCCAACGACUACUCCGUGUUCCAGGCGCCGGGCAGCGCCGGCGGCGGCGGCGGCGGGGGAGGCGGCGGCGGCGGGGCGGCGGGGCAGGAGGCGGCUCACCAGCCCGUCUUCAUCUCCAAGGUGCACGCGUCGGUGGAGGGGCUGCAGGGCAUCUACCCGCGGGUGGGCAUGGCGCACCCCUACGAGUCGUGGUUCAAGCCCUCGCACCCGGGGCUGGCGGCCGGCGAGGUGGGCUCGGCAGGCGCCUCCAGCUGGUGGGACGUAGGCGCGGGUUGGAUCGACGUGCAGAGCCCCAACGGGGCGGCCGCGCUGCCCGGCUCGCUGCACCCCGCGGCCGGCGGCCUCCAGUCCUCGCUGCACUCGCCACUGGGCGGCUACAACUCGGAUUACUCGGGCCUCGGGCACUCGGCCUUCGGCGGCGGCGCCUCCUCGCACCUCCUCAGCCCCGCCGGGCAGCACCUCAUGGACGGAUUUAAGCCGGUGCUGCCCGGCUCCUAUCCGGACUCGGCCCCCUCGCCGCUGGCCGGCGCCGGGGGUUCCAUGCUGGGCGGCGGCCCCGCCGCGCCGCUCUCCGCCUCGCCGCGCUCCUCCGCCCGUCGCUACUCUGGCCGUGCCACCUGCGACUGCCCCAACUGCCAGGAGGCCGAGCGGCUGGGGCCGGCGGGGGCCAGCCUGCGGCGCAAGGGGCUGCACAGCUGCCACAUCCCGGGCUGCGGCAAGGUGUACGGCAAGACGUCGCACCUGAAGGCGCACCUUCGCUGGCACACGGGCGAGCGGCCCUUCGUCUGCAACUGGCUGUUCUGCGGCAAGCGCUUCACCCGCUCCGACGAGCUGCAGCGGCACCUGCGGACCCACACGGGCGAGAAGCGCUUCGCCUGCCCCGUCUGCAACAAGCGCUUCAUGCGCAGCGACCACCUCAGCAAACACGUCAAGACCCACAGCGGCCCCGGCGGCGCCGGGGGACCCGGCGGCGGCGGUCCCGGUCCCGGCCCCGGCGGCAAGAAGGGCAGCGACACCGACAGCGAGCACAGCGCGGCCGGCAGCCCGCCCUGCCACUCUCCGGAGCUGCUGCCGCCCCCCGAGCCCGGCCACCGCAACGGCCUCGAGUGA